CCGGGCGCUGGCGGGUUAAGGGGCGGGGCCGGCAACGCCCAGCCCCCGCUCCCGGGCCGCCCCUCCGCCGGCCCGGCAGCUAGAGCGGCGCCGCCAUGGAGGCUACCGGGGUGCUGCCGUUCGUGCGUGGCGUGGACCUCAGCGGCAACGACUUCAAGGGUGGCUACUUCCCUGAGAAUGUCAAAGCCAUGACCAGCCUGCGAUGGCUAAAACUGAACCGUACAGGCCUCUGCUACCUGCCGGAAGAGCUGGCUGCCCUGCAGAAGCUGGAGCACUUGUCUGUGAGCCACAACAACCUGACCACACUUCACGGAGAGCUGUCCAGCCUGCCUUCGCUUCGGGCCAUUGUAGCUCGAGCCAAUAGCCUGAAGAAUUCCGGAGUCCCUGAUGACAUCUUCAAGCUGGAUGACCUCUCUGUCCUGGACUUGAGCUACAAUCAGCUGACAGAGUGCCCACGGGAGUUGGAGAAUGCCAAGAACAUGCUGGUGCUGAACCUUAGCCAUAACAGCAUUGACAGCAUCCCCAACCAGCUGUUCAUCAACCUCACCGACCUGCUGUACUUGGACCUCAGUGAGAACCGCCUGGAGAGUUUACCACCGCAGAUGCGCCGCCUUGUGCACCUGCAGACGCUGGUGCUCAGCGGGAACCCACUGCUGCAUGCACAGCUCCGGCAGCUUCCAGCCAUGACAGCCUUGCAGACCCUACAUCUGCGGAACACACAGCGCACCCAAAGCAAUCUCCCCACCAGCCUGGAGGGCCUGAACAACCUUGCAGAUGUGGACCUGUCAUGCAAUGACCUGACACGGGUGCCCGAGUGCCUGUACACUCUCCCCAGCCUUCGUCGCCUCAACCUUAGCAGCAACCAGAUCAUGGAGCUGUCCCUGUGCAUCGACCAGUGGGUUCAUGUGGAGACACUGAACCUCUCCCGCAACCAGCUCACCUCACUGCCUUCAGCCAUUUGCAAGCUCACCAAGCUGAAGAAGCUGUACCUGAACUCUAACAAGCUGGACUUUGAUGGGCUGCCCUCUGGCAUCGGCAAGCUGACCAGCCUGGAAGAGUUUAUGGCUGCCAACAACAACCUGGAGCUGAUUCCUGAAAGUCUUUGCAGAUGCCCAAAGCUGAGGAAACUUGUCCUGAACAAGAACCGGCUGGUGACCCUCCCGGAGGCCAUCCACUUCCUGACAGAGAUCGAGGUUCUGGAUGUGCGGGAGAAUCCCAGCCUGGUCAUGCCCCCGAAACCUGCUGACCAUGCUGCCGAGUGGUACAACAUCGACUUCUCGCUGCAGAACCAGCUGCGGCUGGCAGGCGCCUCCCCUGCCACAGUGGCUGCAGCGGCAGCAGCUGCAGGGAGUGGGCCCAAGGACCCCUUGGCUCGCAAGAUGCGGCUUCGAAGACGCAAGGACUCAGCCCAGGAUGACCAGGCCAAGCAGGUGUUGAAGGGCAUGUCAGAUGUAGCCCAGGAGAAGAACAAAAAGCAGGAGGAGAUCGUGGACACCCGGGCCUCCGGGGGUAAGGUGCGGCGCUGGGACCAGGGCCUGGAGAAGCCACGCCUUGACUACUCGGAAUUCUUUACAGAAGAUGUGGGCCAGCUGCCAGGCUUGACCAUCUGGCAGAUUGAGAACUUCGUGCCUGUGCUGGUGGAGGAAGCCUUCCACGGCAAGUUCUAUGAGGCCGACUGCUACAUUGUGCUCAAGACCUUUCUGGACGAUAGCGGCUCCCUAACCUGGGAGAUCUACUACUGGAUUGGCGGGGAGGCCACGCUUGACAAGAAAGCCUGCUCUGCCAUUCAUGCUGUCAACCUGCGGAACUACCUGGGUGCUGAGUGCCGCACAGUGCGGGAGGAAAUGGGCGAUGAGAGUGAGGAGUUCCUGCAGGUGUUUGACAACGACAUCUCCUAUAUUGAGGGUGGAACAGCCAGUGGGUUCUACACUGUCGAGGACACACACUACAUCACCAGGAUGUACCGUGUGUAUGGGAAAAAGAACAUUAAGUUGGAGUCUGUGCCCCUCAAGGGGACUUCCCUGGACCCAAGGUUUGUGUUCCUGCUGGACCGAGGCCUGGAUAUCUAUGUGUGGCGGGGGGCUCAAGCCACACUGAGUGGCACCACCAAAGCCAGGCUUUUUGCAGAGAAAAUUAACAAGAAUGAACGAAAGGGGAAGGCAGAGAUCACACUGCUGGUGCAGGGCCAGGAGGCCCCAGAAUUCUGGGAGGCACUAGGUGGGGAACCCUCUGAGAUCAAGAAGCACGUGCCUGACAACUUCUGGCCACCUCAGCCUAAGCUGUACAAGGUGGGCCUGGGCCUGGGCUACUUAGAGCUGCCACAGAUCAACUACAAGCUCUCUGUGGAACAUAAGAAACGGCCCAAGGUGGAGCUGAUGCCAAGGAUGCGGCUGCUGCAGAGCCUGCUGGAUACGCGCUGUGUGUACAUCCUGGACUGUUGGUCAGAUGUGUUCAUCUGGCUGGGCCGCAAGUCCCCGCGCCUGGUGCGCGCUGCUGCCCUCAAACUGGGCCAGGAGCUGUGCGGGAUGCUGCACCGGCCGCGCCAUGCCACCGUCAGCCGCAGUCUUGAGGGUACUGAGGCCCAGGUGUUCAAAGCCAAGUUCAAGAACUGGGAUGACGUGUUGACGGUGGACUACACGCGCAACGCCGAGGCCGUGUUGCAGGGCCAGGGCCUGUCCGGGAAGGUGAAGCGUGACGCCGAGAAAAAAGACCAGAUGAAGGCAGACCUCACUGCACUCUUCCUACCCCGACAGCCCACCACGGCCCUGGCUGAGGCAGAGCAGCUGAUGGAGGAGUGGAACGAGGACCUGGAUGGCAUGGAGGGCUUCGUGCUGGAGGGCAAGAAGUUUGCACGGCUACCGGAGGAGGAGUUUGGCCACUUCUACACGCAGGACUGCUACGUCUUCCUUUGCAGGUACUGGGUUCCCAUAGAGUACGAGGAGGAAAAGAAGGAGGACAAGGAGGAAGGAAAGACUGCAGCAGAGGGCAAAGAGGGCGAGGAGGCACCAGCUGAGGUGGAAGAGAAGCAGCCCGAGGAGGACUUCCAGUGCAUUGUGUACUUCUGGCAGGGCCGGGAGGCCUCCAACAUGGGCUGGCUCACGUUCACCUUCAGUCUGCAGAAGAAGUUUGAGAGCCUCUUCCCUGGCAAGCUGGAGGUGGUGCGGAUGACACAGCAGCAGGAAAACCCCAAAUUCCUGUCCCAUUUCAAGAGGAAGUUCAUCAUCCACCGAGGCAAGAGGAAGGUGGACCAGGGUACCCUCCAGCCAAGCCUCUAUCAGAUCCGCACGAACGGCAGCGCCCUUUGUACCCGGUGCAUCCAGAUCAACACUGACUGCAGCCUUCUCAACUCCGAGUUCUGCUUCAUCCUCAAGGUCCCUUUCGAGAGUGAGGACAACCAGGGCAUUGUGUAUGCCUGGGUGGGCCGGGCAUCAGAUCCAGAUGAAGCCAAGCUGGCAGAAGAUAUCCUCAACACCAUGUUUGAUGUUUCCUACAGCAAACAGGUCAUCAAUGAAGGUGAGGAGCCUGAGAACUUCUUCUGGGUGGGCAUUGGGGCCAAGAAGCCCUAUGACGAUGAUGCUGAGUACAUGAAGUACACAAGACUCUUCCGGUGCUCCAAUGAGAAGGGGUACUUUGCAGUCACUGAGAAAUGCUCUGACUUUUGCCAAGAUGACUUGGCAGAUGAUGAUAUCAUGUUGUUGGACAAUGGCCAAGAGGUCUACAUGUGGGUUGGGACCCAGACGAGCCAGGUGGAGAUCAAACUGAGUCUGAAGGCCUGCCAGGUGUAUAUCCAGCACAUGCGCUCCAAAGAGCAUGAGCGACCACGACGCCUGCGCCUGGUCCGCAAGGGUAAUGAGCAACAUGCUUUCACUCGCUGCUUCCAUGCCUGGAGCAACUUCCGCCAGGCUCCGGCCUAGACCAUGCAUGUGGCCUGGGCCAGGGGCCUCCUGACCACUGAGAGUGUACCCAGGUGAUAGCCCCUGCCCUGGCCACUUGCCACAGCCCUAGCCCUAGCAGCACUAAUGGGGGUCUGGAAAACCAGCCUCCCCCACAGGAAGCACACAUAUGAAACCCCCUCCUCGGGACAAAGCAGAUGUGAUUGCCCUUUAAGAGAUAUUAAAUGCUUUUAUUUUCAAUAUUAAAAA